AUGGCAGAUCACCUAAAACCGAGUCCGACUGACUCUGCAGACGACUCGGAAGCUGUCGAUUUUACAGAUUCUGCAUGCAAUCGACAUCCUGAGUCUGCCAUUGUACAACCUUGCAUCGAAAGUUCGGGAGAAAAUCCUGUUUUUGGUAGUAAAGAUGCAAAAUCCUUAGAGCCUUCCAAAUACGAGUCGAUCCAAGACAUCGUUAGUUCUGCUUCUACUACAGACACCAAAGAAAUGCCAUGCGCUGUGAAAGAGGUACUCAUUUCCGACGAAGAAGAAGCUCGGGAGAUUGUUCAUUUUGCGACAUGGCUUAUGGAGGAACAGAAAGCCCGAAUGUCAUUACCGAACCUUAAUGACGCCGUUGCUCUUUUUCGCAAAAUCCUGGAUGGUUGCCGGUCCACGCAUCCGUCAGACACAAAGGCUUUGAAGGACCUUCCAUCGGCACUGAAUUUACGAUUUAUGCAUACCAAUCAGUUAUCAGAUCUGGUAGAAGGUUUCAAACUUCGCUUUGAGGGGUUGCCGAGCAUGAUAAAUCAGAUGUCUGCUCAAAAUGUCGAUAAUCUCGCUGACCAGGGGGAGGUAAGCACUACUAGUGAACUCGGCGCUUCAGAACUAGCGCAUGCGUCCUUAGACGACUUCAACAAAUCAGUAUCCUUAUCUGCCUUGGAGUCCAUUAUUGUCCUGCUUCGACUUGCGCUUCAGCACCUUGUCUUCCCGGAUGCUACUCGGACGCAGGCAUUAAGUAUCCUUGUUAACGGCUUGUGCGCCCGCAGGCACUAUUAUGGCACAGACACAAUGGUUGACGAUCUAAAUGAAGAAAUCGCCAGUUUGAAAGACGCUAUUCAGAGCAGUACUGAUUGGAAACAGAAUGAUCGUCUGGCCUUGCGUACUGCCACCCUAUUGUUGGAACGAUAUAGUAUCAGCGCGGAUGUCUCGGACGUACGAUCUGCGCUAGGAUAUCUUCGAGACUAUAGUAAUUAUUCGGCACAAAAGCUACAGUCCGCCAUAGAACUUCUUAAAGCAUUCUCCAACACGCAAAGCAUUGGCGAUUUGAACACUGCCAUACAGUUUUUUCAUGAGGGUAUUUCAGAUGUACCCCAAGGGAGCGAGCACUAUGAUACUGUAAUCAGUCACCUGGCGAACGCUCAUGUCACCAUGGUCUGGAACCAGGGUGAACUGUAUUCUUUUAGUUUGCCUAACCCACCACCUGUAUAA